UCUGCCCCCUUUUCCAUUUGUCACCCAUUUCUUUUAUACGAACCCUAACCCCACUUUCACUCUCUCCCUCUCGAUCUCUCGACAGAAAACAAAGCAAUUCUCUAUCUCCAGUCAUUCCUGUCGCCCUCAAUUGCGACUUUCUCACCACUUCAUCUUUUCCUCUCUCCUCUUUCUCUCUCUAUCUCUACAUCGAUAUAUAAAUUAGGGUUUUUGGCCCUUUAAUUGGUUCUUUCAGAUGAGUGCCUCGUCUGGCCCUGUUGCUUACAAUAAUAAAGACUCCGAAGAAGAAUCCUCAUCUGGUGGUACAAGUAUUGCUGCCACUGCUACAGCUGAUACUUCUGCUGUUAACGAGCCUCCGGAAGACGCUGUUGUUGCUGAUUUCGGUGCCGGUGGUGGAGACGAUAGUGAUAUGGAUAAAGGAGGUGGAACUGCCGGGGAUCCUAUGGAUGAGGAUUCUGUGAAUCCCGCAACCGUCUUUUGUAUCAGGCUUAAGCAGCCAAGGUCUAAUUUGCAGUAUAAAAUGAGUGUCCCUGAACUUUGUCGCAAUUUUAGUGCUGUUGCUUGGUGUGGAAAGCUGAAUGCCAUAGCAUGUGCAUCAGAGACCUGUGCACGUAUACCAAGUUCUAAUGCAAAUCCACCAUUUUGGAUUCCAAUACAUAUCGUGAUCCCUGAACGACCUACCGAGUCAACUGUAUUCAAUGUCAUAGCAGAUUCUCCACGUGAUUCAGUUCAAUUUAUUGAAUGGUCACCUUCAUCUUGCCCUCGUGCCUUGCUAAUUGCUAACUUUCAUGGGAGGAUAACUAUCUGGACUCAGCCUUCCCAUGGAUCAACUAGUUUGGUUAAAGAUGCUAGUUGUUGGCAACGUGAACAUGAGUGGAGACAGGAUAUUGCAGUCAUAACAAAGUGGCUAUCUGGGGUGUCUCCUUAUAGGUGGCUUUCCUCAAGAUCUGGUAGCUCUACAAAGUCACCAUUUGAAGAAAAAUUUCUCUCACAACAACCUCAAGCUCCAGCCGGAUGGCCAAAUUUUCUGUGUGUAUGUUCUGUUUUCUCAUCUGGAUCUAUUCAGCUCCACUGGUCUGAAUGGCCACUGAAUCAAAGUGGCACAUCUAAAUGGUUUUGCACAAGCAAAGGCCUCUUGGGAGCUGGGCCUAGUGGGAUUAUGGCAGCUGAUGCAAUUGUUACAGAUUCAGGAGCUUUACAUGUGGCAGGAGUCCCAAUUGUGAACCCAUCUACUGUUGUUGUUUGGGAGGUGACUCCUGGAUUUGGGAAUGGAUUUCAAGCUACUCCAAAGACUAGCACCACCAAUGGGAUCCCUCCUUCACUUAAUCCACCUUCUUGGGAUGGUUUUGCUUCGUUAGCUUCUUAUUUGUUUAGCUGGCAGGAAUACUUUGAUUCAGAAAGUAAACAAGGGAAGAAACUUACAGAACAAGAUUAUAGUGACAUGGUUGCCCUUCAUUGUUCUCCUGUUUCAAAUUUUUCUGCAUAUGUGAGUCCUGAAGCUUCAGCUCAAUUAGCAGCAACAACUACAUGGGGUUCUGGAGUCACUGCAGUUGCCUUUGACCCUACCUGUGGUGGCUCUGUUAUUGCUAUUGUAAUUGUUGAAGGUCAAUACAUGUCUCCUUAUGACCCAGAUGAAGGUCCUUCAAUUACUGGAUGGAGAGUUCAAAGAUGGGAAUCCUCUUUAGAGCCUGUUGUCCUGCAUCCGAUAUUCGGGAAUCCUACAUCCACUUUUGGUGGGCAACCUCCUAUGCAGACAGUGUGGGUCACAAAAGUGAACAAAAGCAUUCCAGCUACUGAUUACUUUAAAAACAAUCCAACACCUACACCAGGAUCGACUUCUGAGGGUAUAAACAUGUCAGAUUCUGACAUUGAGAAGGCAAAAAGGGUUGUUUUUGAUCCUUUUGAUUUGCCAAGUGAUGUUAGAACCCUUGCUCGCAUAGUCUAUUCUGCUCAUGGUGGUGAGGUUGCUGUUGCGUUUCUAAGAGGUGGGGUCCAUAUUUUUUCUGGUUCGAGUUUUACACCUGUUGAUAACUAUCAGAUCAAUGUUUUUUCUGCAAUUGCUUCUCCUGCUUUUUCUUCUACGAGUUGCUGUUCUGCUACUGUGUGGCAUGAUACAAGUAAGGAUUGUACUAUGUUGAAGAUAAUUCGUGUUCUUCCCCCUGCUGUUCCAAGCAGUCAAGUGAAAGCAAACUCCUCAACAUGGGAACGCGCAAUUGCAGAAAGAUUUUGGUGGAGUCUUAUGGUUGGAGUUGAUUGGUGGGAUGCUGUUGGCUGUACACAAAGUGCUGCUGAGGAUGGAAUUGUUUCACUGAACAAUGUGAUUGCGGUUCUGGAUGCGGAUUUUCAUUCUCUUCCUUCCACUCAGCACAGACAACAAUAUGGCCCUGGAUUAGACAGGAUAAAAUGCAGGCUAUUAGAAGGCACAAAUGCUCAAGAGGUUAGAGCAAUGGUGCUGGAUAUGCAAGCGCGAUUAUUACUUGAUAUGUUGGGGAAAGGAAUAGAAUCGGCUCUGAUUAAUCCUUCAGCUCUAGUUGAUAAGCCAUGGCAGGCAUCGGGUGAGACACUAAACAACAUUGACCAUGAAGCAAUGGCUGUUGACCCUGCACUUGUAUUAACCAUCCAGGCAUAUGUUGAUGCUGUUCUUGAUCUGGCAUCACAUUUCAUCACACGAUUGCGGCGUUAUGCCAGCUUCUGUCGUACACUGGCGAGUCAUGCUGUAACUGCAGGGACAAGUGGCAACCGUAGCAUGGUCAUCAGUCCCACCACCCAAACUACUGGCACUCCUGCUCCUGGAGCUACACAGGGUGCUCAAAAUGGCAGUGCAAGUUCUACAGCAAGCACUCCAAUCCAAGCAUGGGUACAAGGAGCCAUUGCUAAGAUCAGCAACACGUCUGAUGGUGCUCCUAACAGCAACAACAACAACAACAACAACAGCAACAGCAACACGACUCCCAAUCCCAUAACUGGUCCACCUUCCUUUAUGCCUAUAAGUAUAAACACCGGAACUUUCCCUGGGACGCCAGCUGUGCACAAAGAAACACAGAUUCAGCAGCAGCUGUUCAUAAAAUCUCAGCCUGGAAAGGUUGAAGAAGUCAGUUCUGUUCCUACAAAAGCUACAUCCGCUUUGGGCAGGACAGAAGAGUUGCCCGUUGCCAUUGCCCGGGCUGGGCAGCAGGUUGGGUCUGGAGCAAAAGGCCCUGAAGAAGGUCCAGCGAAUAGGUCAAGAUAUGGUUCGGGCAAUGCUGGUCAAGGUUACACAUUUGAUGAGGUAAAGGUGCUGUUCUUGAUACUAAUGGAUCUGUGUAAACGAACAUCAGGUCUGGCACACCCACUGCCUGUUUCCCAGGUAGGCAGCGCCAACAUCCAGGUCCGCCUCCAUUACAUAGACGGAAACUACACCGUCUUGCCAGAGGUCGUCGAAGCAUCACUCGGCCCACAUAUGCAGAAUAUGCCUCGGCCUAGAGGCGCAGAUGCUGCUGGGUUAUUGCUGAGAGAAUUAGAACUCCAUCCUCCAGCUGAAGAGUGGCACAGACGAAACACAUACGGUGGGACAUGGUCUGAUCCUGAUGAUUUUGGUGUUGUCGAUGAUUCCUCUUCACGAAUGAGCAUCACCACUUCCACUUCCACUUCCACUUCCUCCUCAGAUUCAUCAAAUGAAACCACUCAUGUCCAUGAAGCCCAACGUAUAUGGCCAAGGAAACGAAGAAUGUCUGAAAGAGAUGCAGCUUUUGGGUUAAACACUUCCGUUGGUUUGGGUGCCUAUCUUGGAAUCAUGGGCUCUCGAAGAGAUGUAGUAACUGCUGUUUGGAAAACCGGUCUCGAAGGCGUUUGGUACAAGUGUAUAAGAUGUUUGAGGCAAACUUCAGCUUUUAACUCGCAAGCUGGCAACACCAAUACAUCUACUCAAAUCAUAUCACCACCUUAUUAUCUAUGGUCUUCUAGAUAGAAUAUAUAUAUUCAAUUCGAUAAGGUGGCGUAAUCAGGAUUCAUUUUUUUUUAUUCCACGUGGUAUGAAGCCAUAGAUAGCAUAUGAAACUAAAAAUAGCUGUAAAAAGUGAACUUAAUUUUGAAGUACUUGUAAAAAUGAAUAUCAUUUUGAGGUUAGGUCAUAUAAUAUUAAUAGCAACACGCUUUUUGAUUUGUGCUAUUUACUAUUUAGGU